UGGGGCAGACGACACAAGGCAGACGUACCAUAGCCACAGAGGGGUCUUUGUGACCAAGAAUAUUGGGAGAGCAGCAUCGUCCCUCCUGCCAGGAUGAACACCAUCCUCUACCUCAUCUUCAUCGUCUCAGCCGUUGCCAUUACAGAUGUCUGGGGUUCACACCGCCACCGCCCGGCUACAGGCACCAGAAGGUAUCUGUCCAGCAAUGCUUGGAAAAUUCCCAGCAGCAGGCAACACAGCAAGCAUCACAGACACAAAACAACCCAUCACAGUCAGCAACACCACAACCAGCAGCAUCACCACCAGGAACACCACAAGCAGCAGCACCAGCAACACUUCAGACAACGUGCUCGCUCGUUUAAGCGGCACGCCAGACAAGAUUCUUUAUUCAGUGACGUGAUACACAACCGUGGAAGUUUUAGGGCCCCGUUCCCUAACAUGUUCCUGCAUCACCCCAGCAGUCCCCAUUACUGGCACUUGAAGCAGCUGCAGGAACGACACAAGAACAUAAUGGGGCAACUACACGCACAGAUAGACCACCACUUGACGUCUAUGAGGGAACAUAUUGCUCCCACAUAUCACAAACAUCAUUCCCGACCUCAUAUUCAGAGUCUCCAACCUCAAAGUCGCCUCCAGUAUCCUCAUGAACGACUGAGUCACUCCCAACACUAUCUUAACCCUCGACACCAUCCACAGCCUCAACGCCAUCAUUACCAUUAUCCACUCCACACUAGUACCAGGCAAAGGAAGGCACCUCACAGGGAAGAUAGAGAACAGGAGCUGGCUAGCAAGCAAGUGGUGGGGAGAAAGCAGUACAGAAUCUUCAGAGGUCCCACUAAGAGUAUACCCGAGGAUGUUGAGGUGUUCAACGAUCCACAACGUUCAGAGCCUCAUCGCAACACAACCAUCACGGAUGAUCCGAGUCAUGAAGGGACCAACCCAAAAAAAGAUAGCAGGGAGAAAUGCGUCACUGCAGGUAGUGAAGACAACGGAAUUUUACAGAGACCACCCCACCACAAGAUCUUCAAAUCCACAACACCCUCGCACGGUACGUCAAACCUUAAACCCGUCUUCAGUCGACCAGCUUAUAGCCACAGAUUCACUCCAGUUUUUCCUGAAGCCCUGCCCACGUCACUUCUUCCAUUCUACAACAAGAUAUCAUCAUCCUGGGAUCCCCAACAAUAUUUGCUACCCGUAAACAAGUUCCCACACAACAGUAAGCACCAGAACCAUCUUUUCACUCUCUCUGACAUUCGGGCAUCUAGUCGAUCAUUCUCGGAGAGGAGCAGAACGACACCCACUCCAGCAGGCAACAAAGAUUAUGUCAAGAUCAAUGUUGAAGAUCAUCUUGAUCCAAUGUCGUCUGCUGACCAAGGACGCGUGGGUCAGGCAGAGGGCACUAUACCCUGCAUCAAGUGCCCGCCAGACGCCCAUGUUGAAGCGCCCAGGGGAAAGGAUUGUGUUUACGCCCACGUCCCUAACCCCUUCUCAUGUACGCCCAGAGGCUGGCCCAGGUUAGAGACGGUGGUAACUGAGGGUCCCAGACCAGGCACUCGGCUGCAGGAGGGGAGCUACGCUAUGGUCAUCGCUGUAGUGGCGGUGGGGGACCUCUCCACACCCAUCACCUCCUGCAACAUCAACUACAAUGUGGAAGUUCGCAAGUGUCCCGAGCUGGUUGGAGGUCCAGGACUGGAGGUACGAUGCACGGCAGGACGUGCCUGGGGGUCCCACUGCAUCUGGAGGUGUUCUGCCAAUCUUAUCCUGCAGGGAGCGUCUUCCACCACCUGCAUCGCCCACCACCGCCCCCACUGGUCACACCCACCUCCCACCUGCACAGAGCCGCCAUCAGCACCUCCUUCAGGAAGGAAAAGAGGCUGCAGCUCCCUACCAGAGGUACACGGAGGCCGCUACGUGUGUGAGGCACCAGGAGGCUUUCCCAGGCUACCUCCUGUCCUCAAGGACGGCCCCGGCAGCAAAACCAUCAGGAGGGACGUCGCUUCCUCUGGGCACCACCCGCCAGGAACAGUUUGUAAGGUGGAAUGUGGGCCAGGAUGGGUGAUUGGGGCGUCGCAGCGAGAUAGGAACCACCUGACCUGCACCUCUGGAAGCCUGUGGAACCACCGGCCGCCCACCUGUCUCCGUCAGGUAGCUCCAGCUCUUGGUCCUGGGGAGUGUGAAAACACCUCUCUCAGUCUGCCCAACUCGCCCCUCUCCCUGAUGCCCCUACCCAGGUUCACCACCGGCAGUGGGCACCUUGCCCACGUCACCUGCUUGCUGGAGGGGCGGUCCCAGACCCACUACUCUAGAACCUGUACUGCCACAGACCCAGAGCUCGAGACCUCGACCGUCUGCCAGUACACUAUCACGCUCACUGGUGGAACAGUUGUUUCUGCUGAUGUCUCCCCGAGCACACCUGACGAUCCCAACAGAUAUGAGCUCUCGGAGGCGGCCAAUGGAAGUGCUGAAGGUGGUGAUACCACCGCCAACACCACCAGCACCACCAGCACCACCAGCAUUCACCACACGCACAACAAACUUCCUGUUGAAGGUACAUUCCCUGGGAAGUCUCACACCACGUCCCUAGAGAGCGGAGGCAAGGACGACCGAGAUGACUUUUAUGAUGUAAGAGAGACUGAUGAUAAUGGCAACGGAGAGUUGUAUUAUUAUUAUGAUGCCAGUGAGAGGGAUCUCGAGGACGACUUCGAGUUGGACGAUGACGACAACAACGAAGACGACCAUGACGCAGCGUUGCCAGAGACGCGAACUGGCGAUAAAUCAGCGGAGGCAGGACGAAGAAAAACUCUCGCCGAUACUGUUGAUGGUAACAGACUCGAUGCUGCGGAAGGCACUGGGAACACGCACAGGGUAAAUGAUCUUGAAACUAGUGAGGGAGUCACGACUUUGUCAACACCAGGUAGCCACGAUCACCUCCCACGCGCACGUCGAAUCGAAAGUGGAUCCCAUUACGACCAUUUCAACAACGUCAUUUCCAUGUCCAAAAAUAUGGAGGACACAUCUGGCUCACCAAAAAAAGUCCAAGGAAAAAUUAGAGAUGAAAUAAGAGUUCGCAGUCAAGAUUAUUCAGGAGACAGACCGGAAGAACGAAGAGGAAAUGAGAAGACACAGCACCAGACUAGCACUCAAACAAGAUUAAGCAGGGUCCAACAAGUGCCUCUAGAUAGCGAUGCUGUGGCAGCCAAAGUCCCGGGGACCCAGAUGAGACCAGGGAAAUAUAAUGAGAGUAACUACGGUUUCAAAACCAGUCAUGAAGGCAGUUUCAGUAAAUCUGGGACUGAAGGAGCUGAAGUGCAGAAGCAAGCUAAGAAAACACUAGAGUCUGGUCCACGUAGACCUGACAUGACAGACGACAGAACGAAGAGGAAAGAAAUGAAAGAGGAUCGAAAAUUGAGAGGUUAUGUAGCGAGACAAGACAUAAACAGAGGAACGGAGGAACUUGAAGAACGCAAUGGCGAAACGAGAAUUGCAGAUGAGGGUAGUAGCACUAGAGACACAGAGGAGGUAGCAGGGAGCCAGCCAGCGACGAUGGAGGCCGUAGUGACGAUGAAGAUGAUGGUGCAAGAGUGCAGCGUCGUGGAGGAGGUGUCACAGGUGCUGCAAAAUGCACUACUUCUUCAGAACACCUGUAAGGAGCUCACCUGUCACCACCCACACACCACCUGCACCCACACAUCAAGAGGCAGCGGUACAGUGGACGUAGUGUGGGCAGUGGGUGGUGUGUACGAGACCUUGAACACUGAAGAUGGUGACUACCAUGUACCUGAAGUGGAGACCGGUAUAGCAUCUGUGCUAGAGUCCACGCAGCAGGUGUUGAGAUCGUCACACUUGAGGAGGACCUUGGAGGCCCUGGGUGCCACCCUCGAUCCCUCCUCCUUCAACCUGACUCAACUCGACUUGGUGUGUCGCCAGCCAGGCCAUGGACUCGACUCACACACCAGCCGCUGUGUUGUGUGCACGCCUGGUACGUACAACAGGAUGGAGUGGCAUGAUGGUCAGUUGAGUAGGUCAUCUGUAGUCAGUGUUGAUGGCCACUGUUUUCGAGAGUUAAAAGCAGUUCCUUGUCUAGUAUCGCUACCUGAACGAGCAGGCAGCGUUUUGAAAGGUUUGAGAGGCAGGAGAGGUCGCGGUGUCAGAGUGUCAGGCGAGGCUAGGGUGUCAGGAGAGGUCUCGGUGUCAGUGUCAGGCGAGGCUAGGGUGUCAGGAGAGGUGUCGGUAUCAGUGUCAGGCGAGGCUAGGGUGUCAGGAGAGGUCUCGGUGUCAGUGUCAGGCGAGGCUAGGGUGUCAGGAGAGGUGUCGGUAUCAGUGUCAGGCGAGGCUAGGGUGUCAGGAGAGGUCUCGGUGUCAGUGUCAGGCGAGGCUAGGGUGUCAGGAGAGGUGUCGGUAUCAGUGUCAGGCGAGGCUAGGGUGUCAGGAGAGGUCUCGGUAUCAGUGUCAGGCGAGGCUAGGGUGUCAGGAGAGGUGUCGGUAUCAGUGUCAGGCGAGGCUAGGGUGUCAGGAGAGGUCUCGGUGUCAGUGUCAGGCGAGGCUAGGGUGUCAGGAGAGGUCUCGGUGUCAGUGUCAGGCGAGGCUAGGGUGUCAGGAGAGGUCUCGGUAUCAGUGUCAGGCGAGGCUAGGGUGUCAGGAGAGGUGUCGGUAUCAGUGUCAGGCGAGGCUAGGGUGUCAGGAGAGGUCUCGGUGUCAGUGUCAGGCGAGGCUAGGGUGUCAGGAGAGGUGUCGGUAUCAGUGUCAGGCGAGGCUAGGGUGUCAGGAGAGGUGUCGGUAUCAGUGUCAGGCGAGGCUAGGGUGUCAGGAGAGGUCUCGGUGUCAGUGUCAGGCGAGGCUAGGGUGUCAGGAGAGGUGUCGGUAUCAGUAUCAGGCGAGGCUAGGGUGUCAGGAGAGGUCUCGGUGUCAGUGUCAGGCGAGGCUAGGGUGUCAGGAGAGGUCUCGGUAUCAGUGUCAGGCGAGGCUAGGGUGUCAGGAGAGGUGUCGGUAUCAGUGUCAGGCGAGGCUAGGGUGUCAGGAGAGGUCUCGGUGUCAGUGUCAGGCGAGGCUAGGGUGUCAGGAGAGGUCUCGGUGUCAGUGUCAGGCGAGGCUAGGGUGUCAGGAGAGGUCUCGGUAUCAGUGUCAGGCGAGGCUAGGGUGUCAGGAGAGGUGUCGGUAUCAGUGUCAGGCGAGGCUAGGGUGUCAGGAGAGGUCUCGGUGUCAGUGUCAGGCGAGGCUAGGGUGUCAGGAGAGGUGUCGGUAUCAGUGUCAGGCGAGGCUAGGGUGUCAGGAGAGGUCUCGGUGUCAGUGUCAGGCGAGGCUAGGGUGUCAGGAGAGGUCUCGGUAUCAGUGUCAGGCGAGGCUAGGGUGUCAGGAGAGGUCUCGGUAUCAGUGUCAGGCGAGGCUAGGGUGUCAGGAGAGGUGUCGGUAUCAGUGUCAGGCGAGGCUAGGGUGUCAGGAGAGGUCUCGGUGUCAGUGUCAGGCGAGGCUAGGGUGUCAGGAGAGGUGUCGGUAUCAGUGUCAGGCGAGGCUAGGGUGUCAGGAGAGGUCUCGGUGUCAGUGUCAGGCGAGGCUAGGGUGUCAGGAGAGGUCAGGACUCCCUUUAUCUUUACCAUACAUUUUAUGAGUUCUGAGAGUAUUCUACUCCCGGAGUCCAGUCUAGGGCAAGGCACGUCUGGUGCUUGCCUGGUUAACAGCCUGGUUGAUCUGGUACCUCGUAAAGAUACAUGUCCAGUUUCCUCUUCAAGACUUCUACACUUACGUCACAGCGUCUUCAGUAUAUCGAUUCGAGAAAAGUAUCCCAUAUCCCACAAGCCCAGCCCCCUCUACGUUAUUAACUUCUGCUGCUCUGCGGUGGCUGCUCGUGCUGCUGCUGCUGCGGUGAGCCGCCAGUGCUGCUGCUUGCGGUGGCCUGCUCGUGCUGCUGUGCUGCGGUGGCUGCUCGUGCUGUUGCUGCUGCGGUGGCUCCCUCGUGCUGCUGCUGCUAGCGGUGGCUGCUCGGCUGUUGCUGCUGCGGUGGCUGCUCGUGCUGCUGCAGCUGCGUUUGGCUGCUCGUGGCUGCUCUGCGGUGGCUGUCGAUUAGGUUGUGAAAAACACAGUGCCAAGAAAGAGCGUCUCAGCAGUGUAGUGUCCAUCGUCACCAUGCUUUCUGGUAGGGCCAGGCUGAGGGCGGUGGCGGUGAUGGCUCUGGUUGUGGCACUGCCCACAGUCACCUCGGCUCCAGGGGCUGACCACGAGGUGCAGCGCGUGGUGGAUCCGCACGUGGUGCAACACGUCCUGGGGCCCUCCAUGGAGAUAGCACGUGGUUAUAAGAGUCCUGCACGCGAGCUGCGGCACACCAGCUACCCGGGGAGCUACAAGGGUUGCUUCUCCUGUACCCUGGCAGGCACCAGCUACGGUAGCGGUAGCAGCUUCAGAUCCAGCAGCUAUGGAGAAGAGGGGGGCUACGGUGCGAUAGUUCCUGCUGGAGGCCACACUACCACGUCCUCCCGCCAGGAAGUCAGAAGCGAGCAGCAGUUCGUCAAUGGCCAGCCAGUGUAUCAGCUGCAACACGAACGUCGGUUUAAGGAUGGCCGACUAAUUCAUGACCAGAAGGUGGAGAAAGAUGAACACGAUCUAGGGUUCCAUGUAGGGACGGGGAGUGAUUACCCAGGCAGUCGCUUAUCUACCCGUGGCGGAAGUAGGAGCAGUAGUUACAAUCAAGUAAGAGGAGGCUACCACACCCCGCAUGGCUAUGACGACAGUUUUGACGACUCUUAUGUCCAGGGUCCGGGUACGAAUCUUGGCUCUGCAUAUGUAUCUGAAGACGCCCACGAUGAUGAUUUUGCGUCUGAUUUCCAAUCCAAUAUGGCUCUUCUGCACCAGAAUUUGCAGCGUCAGAUGACUUAUAGAACACAUCAGCCUGUGUAUGGUGGGAGCCACCGCAGUGAGGUCCAUUCAGAGACUCGAUACGUCAAUGGCCAGCCAGUCUACGAAAAACACAGUGAACGAAAAUACAAAGAUGGACAGCUUGUACAUAACCGCACUGAAGAGAAAGGACCAGAAGAUCUUGGAACAGAAGACAUUGUUAACCAGUACCAAUCCAAUGUAGCUCCAGUUGGAGGGUAUUACGAAGACUACAGGCAGUCCUCCUCUACACACAGAGACAACCAGGACACCUACCCCAGGUACACACCAGGCUUCUCGUCGUAUUCACAAUAUAGCCAACACUCAUCUUCCAUUCCUGCCCAUCUACCAGUUUCCACGACGCAAUUUACACAUGAGUCAAGGGACUCAUCAAUCAUCAGACCGUCAACGGGACUUUCACCAUCCCAGGUGCAGCAAUCCAGAGACUCAGUAUCCGCUUAUCCAUCUUACAGACCAGUUCCAGGACGUUCCUCAACACAAUAUACUGAUCAGUCGUUAGAAUCAGGAUCAUCAUCUUAUUCCUCUAAUAGACCGGCUCCUGGACGUUCCUCAACACAAUAUGCUGAGCAGUCAUUUGACUCAUCAUCUUAUCCUUCUAACAGACCAGCCCUUGGAAGUUCAACACAGUAUGAUGAUCAUUCAAGAGAGUCUCUGUCUCACAGACCAACUUCACCAUCAUCCUCUUAUCCUUCACACACUUAUAUCACCCCAAGACCUGCUUCAGGAAGUUCCUUAACGCAGUAUACUGAGGAAACAAAGGAAACUUCAGCAUCCUCUUCCAUACACAGGCCAAACGCAGGACGCUCAAAUCCACCAUACAGUCCAUCUUCUGGAAGUUACUCAACAUACGAAUCUUCAUCACACGCAGGUGUACCACAGACAAGACCUACCAACAUUCAUAGAGCUUCAGGUGCUGCUGAAGUUACACAACAAACAAGACCCAUCAACAGUGACAGAAGUUCGAGUACUGCUGAAGUCACACAACAUACAAGACCUAUUAGCAGUAACAGAGGUUCAGUUGCUGCUGAAGUCACACAGCAUACAAGACCUACUAGCAAUAACAGAGGUUCAGUGGUUGCUGAAGUCACACACUCAACACAGGCCCAACAAAAUAUCAGAACUCUCCAACCACACCAACCCGUUACACAGAUUUCACAAGAGAACUUUGAAAUCUCACAAAGAGAAUCUUCUAGCGGUUACAGACAUCACGUUCCUUCAAGGCCUGCAGGAGGAUACAGUGACAAUCAUUUGGAAUCAUCACAGGAUCAUUACAGUGAAUAUAAUGUUAGGAGACCAGAGGUCACCAGGACCAGUGGUGGAGCUCGCACAACGAUCCUAGAUCUACCCUCUUCAGCCUCACAGACGUCUCCAACCAGUGGUCGUCACCAUGAUACUAGGGUGGAUGAUGUUUACUCUCCUCACGGCUCUCAACCUCAAGUCGGCAUUCCAGGAGCGUUAAUUGGGCCCGUGGUGGACGAUAAUGAUGAAGAUGAGGAUGAUGACAACAAGGAGCGCUACGACAUUAGCCCCCAUGAAGACAAUUAUGGACCUGAAAUUCCAUCCGUUGAUAAUGAGCAGGAGUCUUUUUAUAUACCCACUUUGGCCUCUGUUGACAAUGAAGCCGAAAGUAGCGACACUAGCCAAGAAGACGACGAAUCAUCUCAUACUCUUGAUAAGUUACCUAGCUUACAUCCUUCACGUGGUGAUGAUAGGUUACCCAACUUACAUCCUACACGUUUACAUCCUACUCGCGUUGAUGAGUCCUCCAGCCUCCAUCGCACACGCGUUGAUGGAUCAUCCAACACCCAUCAGAGAGGUCCUUACUCGAGUGUGCAUAGCUCCUCCUACUACAACAGCACACACACUAGACAAGGUACUCUCAUUGACCAGGCAGUUCCCGUAGUUAGCAAUACUCACCUUGAUUUUUCAGGGGCAUCAACUGCUGAUGAAAGAAGGAAUGUCUAUCCGUCAGUGGUUGGUUCCACUUCGUACAAAUAUAACGAAAGCCGUUCACAUUCUACUGUGGUAGGGGGUUUGUAUCCUUCACAACCACUGCCGGGGUCACUAUCAACUUCAUCAUCAUCUGAUACAUCCUCAACAUCAUGCACUGAGGCUAUGGGAUGUUUCGUCAUUGAAUCUCCACAGUUAGGGUCUCGACGCACCGAUAUUCGCAAAACGAAGAAGUACAUUAAUGGACGCCUUGUUGGAGUCACACACCAUGAACGACAGUAUGAGAAUGGGAAACUGAUCCACGAGAACACAAAAGAGCAUGGGAGCGAUGAACUAGAAGGCAUGGACCUGAGCUCGUAUGGCGAUGAUCAGCUUCAGCUCAUGCACGGCAGCUAUCACCCAGGCAGUUACUCCCAGCGGCACGAAGUCAGACAGGAAAAGAAAUUCGUGAACGGCCAACAGGUCUACGAUCUCCACCAUGAGCGACGGUUUGAAGACGACCGCCUUGUGCACGAGAAUCGCACGGAGAAGGAUGAGGAUGACUUCGGUGUUGGAAGACUGAACGUGGGCCACCUGGGCGUGCUGUCCCACCAGGACAGCGAAGUGGAUAAUGGCGCUAGACACGAAGUGACUCAGUCACAGCACCUUCAGCAGCAUGUAACUUCUGGCAGGGUAGCAGAAGGAGGUGUGGGCCGCUCCUCCCUCACACACCAGGUGUCGGAGACAGGAAGAGUGUCAGUGGUGCCGCAGUACACCAGUCACCGCUAUGAGCAACGUAGCCAGCACGAGUUUGUUGACGGUCAACCUGUCUACGAUCUCCACCACGAGCGUCGCUUCCUUAACGGAUCACUGGUGUACGAGAACAGGACAGAGUUGAACGAGGAGGACCUCAGCGGCGCCGUGCACUACGACGCUCUCCACAACAUUCUGGCUGGUAACACUCUCAACACACCUUCAGAAACCUCAUACACAAGGAACACUGAAUCCCCCAGAGUUGAAUCCUACGGAUCAUACAGUGAAUCUCUGGAGUCAUCGCACAGAGGUGGAUCAGAAGCAUCCCCGAGUUCGUCUGCUCGUGGGAUUUUAAAGACGUACGGUGGGUCGGGAACAAUAAGAGGCUCCACAUCAGCUUCUACGAGCUCCUCUACAGGUCGUAUUGGAGCCACUACCACUAUCCUAGAUACAUCACGCCCCUUACUUACUGGAUCAGACUCUGUACGUAGUGGGUCAUCUGCACAAGAAAGAAGUUCACAUGAAUCGUUUGGUUCAGAGUCCCACAGUGCGUCCACCGGGGGAACGAGAAGAACAGGUUGCCUCUCCUGCAUUCUUUUGGCAGGUUCGGGAUAUUCCAGCCAAGACUCAUCCCGCAGGAGUUCUCUUGGUUACUCAGGUGCAGGCAGCGAAGUGGGAAGAGGCUACAGCCAGAGAAAGGAGAUGAGUAUGGAGGAGCACUACGAGGAUGGACAACUAGUUCAUGGUCGACAGGAUUCCCGUAGGUUCAAGGACGGCCAGCUGGUACAAGAGAACAGGAGGCAGUACUCUGAAUCCCCCUCACAGGCAUCUUAUCCAGCUGCUCUUGAAACAGCGACUACUUCAUACGCCUCGCCUGCCCUCUCGUCGCCGUCGUUAUCUGGUUCAGGCACAGGUGUCAGGGAAGCGGGUGUUGAGUCCUCGUUAGGCGUGUGUGACUCUAGCACCUGUCAGAAUGGUGGUACUUGUUUGGUCGGCCUCCACGGCCCCAUCUGCGCCUGUAACUUCGGUUUCAGAGGUCCUGAGUGUGCUGAGCUGCACUGUCCUAAAGGAUUCUGUCGACGGGGUGGAUCAUGCAGCAUCGAAGACGGCGUCCACGUCUGCGUGUGCCGAGGUGGCUUCUCUGGCUAUCGCUGCGAGACACGCACAAAGAGACACACGAGAAAAUUCGCUCUUGCACAAGGCGGUCACCCCUGAUGUGUUGGCGAGCAUAAACACGCCAUACCACCUGCUUAUAGUAUAUCUUCAUGUUUUACACGCACCAAGAUAAGAAUACUUGACAAGGCUUCCUAUAUCUCGAUACCGGUAGAUAUAACCAUAAACUUCCAUGUGAUAUUUUUGUUACUGCAAAUAAAAAGAGAGCUCAGUUAGUGUGGGACGCGAAUACUCAAUAGUUGUACAUAUUUAAUAGUCUAGAUACUUAGACCCAUUUACUUAUAGCUUCCCCCUAACACAAGAACUGCACAGCACUCACUGUGACACUUGCCACAACUUGUAUUAUUAGUCUACUGAUGACAGCCUACACUUGAGAGAUUCAGUCUCUUUACCCUGUUGGAUGACCCUGUACCCUGCUGGAUGACCCUGUACCCUGCUGGAUGACCAUGUACCCUGCUGGAUGACCCUGUACCCUGCUGGAUGACCCUGUACCCUGAUAGAUGACCCUGUACUCUGCUGGAUGACCCUGUACUCUGCUGGAUGACCCUGUACGCUGCUGGAUGACCUUGUACCCUGCUGGAUGAAUCUGUACCCUACUGGAUGAAUAUGUACCCUACUAGACGACACUGUACCUUCCUGAAUGACUCUGUACCCUGCCCGUCGACCUUGUACCCUGCUGGAUGACCCUAUAUCCUGCUGGAUGAAUAUGUACCCUGCUGGACGAC